AAUUGGAUUGUCACUGGGAAACUAAACUAUAUUCUGUGAGUAAUUUAGAAAACUUUGUUUCCUAGAUGCGGAUAAUUGAGAAUGUUGUGAAGACAAAAACCAUACAAGAAUUUUCUCUGGUUAUGUGUUGAAUGUUAAGAAAGUGCACCUUGAAGAAGCUGCCAUGGAAGAGAUUCCAGUUAAAGUUGCAGUAAGAAUAAGACCUCUGCUUUCCAAAGAAAUUCUUCAUAACCACCAAGUGUGUGUGAGACUAGUCCCAAAUACACAGCAAGUUAUUAUUGGGAAAGACCGGGUCUUCACUUUUGAUUUUGUGUUUGGCAAAAAAUCAACCCAAGAAGAAGUUUAUACAACUUGUAUUAAGCCUCUAGUGGUGUCUUUGAUUGAAGGAUAUAAUGCAACAGUUUUUGCUUAUGGACAGACAGGGUCUGGAAAGACUUAUACCAUUGGAGGAGGGCAUGUUGCAUCAGUGGCAGAGGAUGAAAAAGGUAUCAUUCCACAUGCUAUCCAGGAACUAUUUCAGAGCAUUUCUGAAAACACUAAUAUUGAUUUCAGUGUAAAAGUAUCUUAUAUAGAGGUCUACAAGGAAGAACUCCGUGAUCUGCUAGAGCUGGAGACCUCUAUGAAAGAUUUACAUAUUCGAGAAGAUGAAAAAGGAAAUACAGUGAUUAUUGGUGCCAAGGAUUAUCAAGUGGAAAGUGCAGAUGAAGUGAUGAGCCUGUUGGAAAGUGGGAAUGCAGCUCGUCACACAGGUACAACUAAAAUGAAUGAGCACUCAAGCCGGUCUCAUGCCAUCUUUACUAUUAGUGUUUGUCAGAAACAGCCUGCACAGUCUCAGAAAAAUGUAGGUGUCACACAAGAUUCAUCUCAGAGAUCAAUUCAGAUGAUUACUUCAAAGUUCCACUUUGUAGACCUGGCAGGAUCAGAAAGAGUGACCAAAACUGGAAACACUGGUGAACGGUUCAAAGAAUCAAUUCAGAUCAACAGUGGCCUCUUGGCUUUGGGAAAUGUAAUAAGUGCUCUUGGAGACCCAAAGAGAAAGAGUAUACAUAUUCCAUACAGGGAUGCUAAAAUUACUCGUAUUCUGAAAGACUCCUUAGGAGGAAAUGCCAAGACUGUCAUGAUAACAUGUAUAAGUCCAUCUUCAUCUGACUUUGACGAAUCUUUAAAUUCCCUCAAGUAUGCCAAUAGAGCCAAGAAUAUUAGAAAUAAACCAGUUGUUAACUACAAUCCUGACUGGGAACGGAUUGAUGAAAUGGAACUUGAGAUCAAAUUGCUUAGGGAAGCUUUGCAGAACCAGCAUGUUAGUGCAAUGUCCCAGGCUAGUCAAGGAUCACAGGACUUCAGUCAAGAUAGGACUCGAAUCAAUUCUCUUGAAGACCAACUGGCCCAGCUUCAGGUGAAAUGUUUCAGCUACAGAAAUUGCAUUGAGAAAGUCUUCAGAUUUUUAGUCAAUUUAAAUGACAUCAUCAGCCUAACAGGAAGUCAAAAAGACAAGUUACAAGAUUGGAUCAAUAUGGUGCAGGAAUUGAGGGAGGAAGCUCUUGCCAUGCCACAAGUUGAGAGUGGAAUUAGAAGUGAUCAAGAAGAUCCCCAUCAUAUUACAGUUCUUCAGCUGAAGAGGGAACUAAAAAAAUCCCAGCUGGCUCUAGCUACAGAUGAAGAAAUGUUUAGUCAGAAGAAGCAAGAGCUAAAAGUGUUACAGGAUCAAAUACAGGCAUUAUUACAGGAACACCAAGAAUGCCUAGAAUAUCUAAAAGAGGCCCAAGAAACAAAUAGACUACAGAAUGAGAAAAUGGUAGAACAGCAAGUCCUUAUUGAUCAGCUACAGGAUAAGCUGGAGAAGUUUACAGUGACAGAAGUGUCUGUUACCAGGGGUCCUUGCAGUGACACUCCAGCACCAGCUCUAGAGACACCUGCAAGACCAUACAGUGUGCCACUCACUAACAGUUUACUAUAUUCCUUUCAUGUUCCUUCAGGGACUGAGUGUCAAAAGGUGCAUUCCAGUCCUCCUGUCUAUUCACUAGCCCGAGUAAUGGCUGGAUUUCGAACUCGCAGCCAGAUGAUGCUGAGUUAUAUAGAAGAACAAGAUGAAGUCCUUCACUUGCAUUUCUCUGAUGAAGAGGAGAAGAAUAUAGACAGAAAAAAGAAACCAGCAUUUAGGCACUCCAUAAACCACACCUGGACACGAAAACAGGCUGCCCUUUGUUCUCCCCUUGAAAUGAAUGAUCUGCAGUGCCAAAUAUACAAGCCCAGUUUACCAGACAAAACUAUGUUGCAGACUGACACUGUCACAGGUGAAGAGAUUGUUUGCUUCCGGAAAAGUCAGGUAUUAAAUAUGCAGAAGUUAAAGAAUUCAGAACUAAGACUCACUGAAGCCAAGCAAAAAAUGAGAGAACUUGAACUUAACAUCAGAAUGAAAGAGGAACUCAUCAAAGAAUUGGUAAAAACAGGUAAUGAUGCUCAGUCUGUAAGCAGGCAGUAUUCUUUGAAAAUAACUAAAUUGGAGCAAGAAGCUGAGCAAGCCAAAAUGGAACUCGCUGAAACACAAAAACAGCUUCAGGAGGUGGAGAACAAGGAGCUGAGAGAUGUUGCUGAGAAAGCCAAGUUACAAAAAGAGUUCCGGAAGAAAAUGGAUGCAGCUAAGAUGAAAGUGCAGGUCUUACAGAAGAAGCAGGAGGACACGAAGAAGCUGGCUUCAUUAUCAACCCAAAAUGAAAGACAGGCAACAGAACUCGAGCAAAAUGUGACUCAUAUGAGGCAUCAACAAGCCCAGCUACAGAAACAAUUACAUGAAGAGAGUGAAAAAAAGAAACUUCUAGAGGCAGAGAUUCAACGAGACCAGCAACAAAUUAAAGAACUUCAGCUAAAGAUGGAACAACAGCAGAAGAUUCUCAAACUCAAAAAUGAAGAGAUUGCUGCAUUUAAAAAGAAUUCCACAGGCACUCCACAGCAACUUCAGGAACUGGAAGAACAAAAGAAAUGGUUGGAUGAAGAACUAGAGAAAGUUUUGAAUCAAAAGCAAGAGUUAGCACAACUGGAAGAAGAUUUAAAGAAAAGAGAAGCUAUCAUAACCAAGAAAGAAGAAUUAUUUCAAGAGAAGAGUCACUUGGAAAUCAAGAAACUAAGAUCUAGCCAGGCUUUAAACACAGAUAGCUUGAAAUUAUCUGCGCGCUUGAGUGUACUGGACCAGAAACUAUGUGAUAAAAGUGUGCAGCUUCAGAAUGUCACCACUGAAGACAAGAGAGAAAUCUUGGAAGAAAUUCAAGUUCUCCAGAAGGAAAGGGAUCAGUUGCUCAGAAGGAGAAAUAGCGUAGAUGAGAAACUUAAGGAUGGUAGAGUGUUGUCAGCUGAUGAAGAACAUGUCCUUUUCCAACUGGAAGAAGGGAUUGAAGCCUUGGAGGCUGCUAUUGACUAUAAGAAUGAAAGUAUUCAGAAUCGCCAACACUUGCUCAGAACUUCAUCUCAGAUUCUUUCCCAGAGUGAGGCCAAUGUAAUGGGAAAACUAAUUUCUCUGUCUGCUGUUGAUCUCAGAGCUAUCCUUUUCAAGUACUUCAACAAGGUUGUUGGGUUACGUGAGGCUGAACGUAAGUUACAGCUGCAGACUGAAGAGCUGGAGAUGAAGGUCACAGAACAAGAUAACAUAAUCCGUGAACUAGAAUCUGUACUUGAACGCCUAAAGCUGCAGUGUGAUAGGCGACUCACCCUACAGCAGAGAGAACACGAACAAAAGAUGCAGUUAGUAUUGCAUCAUUUCAAAGAACAAGAUGGCGAAGGAAUUACAGAAACCCUUAAAAUGUAUGAAGGUAAAGUCCAGCAACUGGAAAAAGACUUAUUUUUCUAUAAGAAAACCAGCAGGGAUCUAAAGAAGAAAGUGAAGGAACUGGUAGGAGAGCCAUUUCAUCAGCUGUUGGCACCAACUAAGUGUCAUGGUGCUGGUGACAGGACAUUGAGCCAAGAUGAAGCAGAAGUCUCUUCAGAAGAAGUCAAAUGGAUAUUAAAGACUGAAAGUAACAAUCAGAGAGGGAUAUUUAAAGAAAUUGACAAACUAGCAAGUAAUUUAAGAACAUGGCAGAAUUCAUACAAGCCUGGAGAAGAAGUUGCAGAGAGAGGACACAGCAGAAGGUGUUUCUUAAGUAGUGAAAACAAUAUAGGAACAGAUGAAGUACAGCCUUCAAAAUCUUAUUCUCAGCUAUCUUCUCAUCCUCAGACAGUUGAGAUGCACAAGGAAGUACAAGGAAUAAUAACCCCAAUAAAAUUAUCUCGCCGAGAACUACGUCAUAUCCCUGCAUCUGAAGUAUCUUUGAGGCGAUCUAGCCUUGCAGCUGGUGUCAGUUCUGUUGCUGCAGAUUCCUUUGAUAUGUCCAGAAAAUCUGACGAUUUUAAGAGAUAGUUAUUCUGAGCCUUUAACAACACAUGUUACUGAAACCACUGAUAAGGUUUCCUUUAUUCUUAUCUGGCAGAAUUAGCAGCUGGAAUAAACAAACAAUUGUUUUUACAGUUUUAAGCACACCACCAGCAAGUUGUUACACACACGUUGUUUCAGAAUCACAACCACCAGGUACUGGCACACAAUUUCAAAAAAGCUUGUUACCCUGAGGAAACUAGUUAAAUAAUGUUUAUAUUUCUUGGUAUUUUUACAAUCACUUUAAGAGUACCUUCACAUUUUGCAAAAUUUGCAUUGCAUUAAUGAAGUCAAUAGUUGUCAAAGACCAAGAUAAUUUAAUUUUUCUGGCUUAAACACACACAAAGGCAUACCUUAUUCUGUUAGAGGCAUAGCACAGAACUUGAAAACUUGGCUACUAGCCUUUCACCUACUAUUUCAGUUAUUUCCUGAUCAGUUCUAUGCAUCUUCUACAUCCUAUGCAUGAUCAGAACUGACAUCUAAAACUAAUUCUUUGCUCUUGGAAAGGAACAUGAAAAUAUUCACUCUCUUCUCUCAGUAUUUAAUUGCUCUUAUUUUAAGAGUUUAUACCAUGUAAGGUAAAUGUUUGUCUUCUAUUUUACAAGGGGACUUUACAUGUCUUUUACAUUAUAUGAACCUUCUUAAGGUAUCUGUGCAAGAGAAGUGUUAAUCAUAUUUGUGAAAUUAAGACCGAAUUCACAUUCCUUUUGUGUUGUUGUUGUUUUAUAUUUUUAAUAUAGGACUUGCACUUAUGCAGCUUUGAAGUGUAAUGUUUAUGUUCUACUGAAAUGAUAAACUAUGGCAUCAAACUUAGCAUCUUUAGGUAAGUCAAGAGACAGUUUAAUGCAGUCACUUAGCAUUCACAGCUUUUCAUUUAGAAGGAAGUGUGAAUCAUUAUUUUAAGUUACAGAUCUGUUUCGGAGCAGACUCCCCAGGCCUAUGGUUUACAACUGCUUGUUAUUAUCUUAUUUCUUAGUCAAAAUAUUCAAUAUACAUAUAUUUGUGACAAGACUGUGAUAUUUGACAAAGAAGCUGGUUAAUAGAUGAACUGACUUGAAGCCAGGAGUCAUGGUUUUUAAAAAAAUUGCUAAGUAUUUUUCACCUCAAUUCAUAUUUAGACUCUUAAAUAUAAUAAAUGCCCUGAUUUUCAACAAUGCCAAGUCCUCCUUGUUUCAAAACUUUAAAAUCAGGCCAUUUUAAGUGUCUAACAGUAAGCACUCCUAUUGUACAGUUUUGGCCUGAACUAUUUGCUGCACUUAACAAGAGUAAAUUGUUCUAGUCUGAACUGAGUUACUUUCUGAUAUCUCUUAGAGAAGGCCUCCUGCAUAUGGCACAUGGCCACUGAUUACAAGAACUCCAUUAAAAGCCUGUUUACAAAGCAAAUUUGACCCUGUCAGGAGAUCAUGUUGCAACAUGAUAGUACCUUAACAUUUUAGUUUUAGUCUCUUCUGCAUAGUUUGCACAAAACUUCAUUAGAAAUAUAUUAAUGAGCCGUUUUAGAGCCCUGCAAAAUUAAGGAUAAUUGCAUCCUUAUUAAUUCAAUUUAGUUAUUUCCCAUUAUGAUAUUGAAUUGUAAUUCAUGGGAUUUGGAGGAUUUUGUAUUUGUUUUGUUUUGGAUAUUUUUACUAUAAUGUAAGUAUAAAUUGUGAGUCUUACUAAUGUUUUUUUAUUAAUAUAUUUAAUAUUCAUGUAACUUAAUGCAUGUUGUCUAAAGCAAUAAACAAAAAGUAAACAUA